CACAUUUCUUGUUUUGGGUGACGGGUUUCGCGCAUGCGCGAUGCUAGCUACAGACAGCUCUUUGAAAUCGUUUGCACGGACUGUUUGAUCCAGUAGCAAGGGUGUGUUGUUGUCGUGGACUGUGUGACAACUUUAUGUCUUACAGAAAUGGCCGGAAUUAAAGCUCUGAUCAGCCUGUCCUUUGGUGGGGCCAUUGGACUCAUGUUCCUGAUGCUAGGAUGUGCCCUUCCAGUGUAUGAUAAAUACUGGCCCUUGUUCCUCCUCUUCUUCUACAUCCUCGCCCCAAUCCCUUACGGCAUCUCCCGGAGAAUUGUUGACGACACAGACUCGGCAAGCAACGCCUGCAAAGAGCUGGCUUUAUUUCUCACAACAGGCAUAGUGGUUUCAGCUUUCGGCCUGCCAAUAAUUUUCGCCAGAGCCGAUGUUAUUGCCUGGGGAGCAUGUGCGCUUGUGUUAACAGGCAAUGUAGUGAUCUUCGCAACCAUUCUGGGAUUCUUCUUGGUCUUCGGAUCAAACGACGACUUUAGUUGGCAGCAGUGGUAAAAUUGGGAGCGUGAGGUGGGGGACUAAGUCUGAACUGUUUAUAUUACUAGAAUUGUUAUUAUUAUUGUCAUUAUGAUUACUAUUAUUGUUGUUUGUUGUAUAUUUAUGACCGCCCAUCCACAGACACAUUAAACCAGUGCAAUAAUUUGA